AUGGCUCCAGCAAGGGCAACAUUAUUCAUCAUCUUCACCCCUUUACUAAUCAUGAUUACAGUGACCUCGACGUCGUUGCUUCUUGCCACCGGCGACACAAUCCCCACAACUUUGGACGGCCCGUUCAAGCCAUUGACCCGCCUGUUCGACCCGUCGCUUCGACGAGGCAGUGACGACUUGCCUAUCGAUCAUCCGAGGUUGAGAAAGAGAAACGCCAACUCCGAUUUACCAGAACAGAUUUUUCUAUCUCUUUCUACUCCAACUUCCAUGUGGGUUUCUUGGGUCACUGGUGAUGCUGUGGUUGGAAAAGAUGUGAAACCGCUUGACCCGACAUUGGUUUCAAGCGAGGUUUGGUAUGGGAAGGAGAAAGGAAAAUACCCGCAAAGAAAGAAAGGAAAUGCAACAUUUUAUAGUCAGUUGUAUCCCUUUGAUGGCCUUCUCAAUUACACAUCAGGCAUCAUACACCAUGUCCUCAUUGACGGUCUUCAACCAGAAACUAAGUACUAUUACAGGUGUGGAGACAGCUCUGUUCCCGCGAUGAGCGAGGAGAUUUCUUUUGAGACUUUGCCAUUGCCAAGCAAAGACGCAUAUCCUCAUCGAAUUGCCUUUGUUGGGGAUUUGGGACUUACUAGCAACACAACCACCACCAUUGACCAUUUGAUGGAAAACGAUCCCUCACUGGUUGUGAUUGUUGGGGACUUAACAUAUGCAAACCAGUACCGUACAACUGGUGGCAAAGGAGCUUCAUGCUUCUCAUGUUCGUUUCCAGAUGCACCUAUUAGGGAGACGUAUCAACCUCGUUGGGAUGCCUGGGGAAGGUUCAUGGAGCCACUGACCUCCAAGGUCCCAACGAUGGUCAUUGAAGGCAACCAUGAGAUUGAGCCUCAAGCUUCCGGGAUCACCUUUAAGUCAUAUUCUGAAAGGUUUGCGGUUCCUGCAAGUGAGAGUGGCUCCAACACCAACUUCUACUAUUCUUUUGAUGCCGGAGGAUUGCAUUUUGUUAUGUUGGGUGCAUAUGUUGAUUAUAAUCACACUGGAGCGCAGUAUGCAUGGCUAAAGGAAGAUUUAUCUAGAGUUGAUCGUGCAGUAACACCUUGGCUUGUUGCAACAAUGCAUCCACCUUGGUACAAUAGCUACUCCUCGCAUUACCAGGAGUUUGAAUGCAUGAGGCAGGAAAUGGAAGAGCUUCUUUACCAAAACGGUGUGGACAUAGUUUUUGCAGGACAUGUACAUGCAUACGAGAGGAUGAACCGUGUAUACAACUACACACUAGACCCAUGUGGGCCAGUUUACAUAACUAUUGGAGAUGGUGGAAACAUAGAGAAAGUUGAUGUGGACUUUGCAGAUGACCCUGGGAAGUGUCCAUCCCCGGGUGACAACGUUCCUGAGAUUGGAGGAUCAUGCCCUCUAAAUUUCACUUAUGGCCCUGCCAAAGGCAAGUUUUGCUGGGACAGACAACCCGAUUGGAGUGCCUUUAGAGAGAGCAGCUUUGGGCAUGGAAUCCUCGAGGUUGUGAAUACAACGCACGCCCUGUGGACAUGGCAAAGGAAUCAGGAUGUUUAUAAGAACGAAAGAUACGGUGACCAAAUCUACAUUGUCCGUCAACCAAAUCUCUGCAUCUCCUCUUUAACUUCAAGGGAAUCAGGCAAAAGAAGGGAGAAAUCAGGCGGCAAAUCUGGAGUUUCCUCACCCUCAUUACCAAUGUUAAUUUGGACAAUCUUCAUGUUUGGCACUUGUAGGUCCGGUUUUGCUGGACAUUUUAUAUAA